GGGGCCUCGCGGCGGAUGGCGGGCGCGGCGCGGCCGGUGCCCACGUGCCUGCUGUUGGGGGCGGCGGGCGGCGGGAAGAGCCUGCUGGCGCGGCGGCUGCGUCAGCUGAGCGCCGAGGAGGGGCCCGCGGAGCUGGGCGAGCCCCCGGCCACGCUGCCCACGGUGGGCACCAACCUGACCGACCUGCGGCUGCCGCGGACCGUGACGCUGCGGGAGCUGGGCGGCUGCAUGGGCCCCAUCUGGCACAGCUACUACGGCGAGUGCAGCGCUCUGCUGUUUGUGGUCGAUGCCGCCGACCCGACCCAGGUCUCCUCGUCCUGUGUCCAGCUCCUGUCCGUGCUCUCCGCGGCGCCGCUCGCCUCCGUGCCCGUGCUCGUCCUCUUCAACAAGAUUGACCUGCCCUGCUACAUGUCCGUGAUGGAGAUGAAGUCGCUGUUCCACAUGCAGGACAUCGUGUCCUGCGCCACACAGCCCAUCACGAUUCUGGAGACCAGCGCCCGCGACGGCACCGGCCUGGCCGACGUCCUGCAGUGGCUUCGAGCCACCCUUGGAGACCCACGGUGACAACAACCCUGCCCGGUGCCUGCAGAGACCCCGCUGGAAGCGGGGCCCCCGCCAGUGCCACGGGCUGGUGGUGAGCAGGACCCCGCGAGACUUCACAGUAAAGCUUGCACUGUACUGAC